CCACCUUGCUAAAGUGGAGAAGCAUGCUACAUAACAGUGGGCGGCUCCGGGAUGAUAUCCGUUGGCUUCAGCACUGAUGUGAUAUGUCGUGAGGGGUUCUUUGGCAAUAUACUCUGUGGUGCUAGAGACAAUAAAUAUUUUCCCCACGUAUUUCCUGGAAGUCUCACCGCCAAAAAAAACAUAACCGGCUGCAACUCUGCCAAAAAUGGCAUUGGACCAUGAUUCCAAGAUCCUGAUUGUCGGGUCCGGCGUAUUCGGCAUCUCGACUGCACUAUGGCUCGCUCGCAGCGGCUACCGAGACAUAACGGUAUUUGACAUGCAGGACACAUAUUCCACAGGCUACGAUCCAGCUGAGGUUGAUUCUGCGUCUGCAGAUCUAAAUAAAAUCAUCCGCUUCUCAUAUGGAGAUGAGAUUGAAUAUCAGAGACUAGCCUUUGAAGCUGCGAAACUGUGGGAGGAAUGGAAUGGUGAGAUCGCUUCGGCAGAUGAGAGCCAACUGCCCGAGGUGCUACAAAAGGGCGCAAGAAAACUAUGGUGGAACUGUGGAUAUCUCAGGAUGAGCGAGACGGCUGAGUACGAUGAAUUCGAGCUCACAACGCUGGAAAAUAUGAAGAAGGAGGGGAUUCGGGAAAGUCAAUUUAUGGUUGACGAUGCUUCAGAUGUCGAGCGCGCCAAACAGCUUGGUUGGGGCCCCAAGCUGGACCCAUGUCGGAGAGUUGAGAGGCUUGGCGUACAUAAGGCGGUACUAGAUGCAAGCGGUGGUUUCGUGGUCGCCUAUAAAAGUUGCGCUUGGGCACAGCAUCUCGCCAGAAAAGCUGGAGUGAAGCUCAUUCUCCACCCAAGCCGAGGCAAAGUGGUAGAUCUUGGAACUAGAGAUGGUCGACCGCGGCUUGAGACAGCAGACAAGCAGGUAUACGCAGGCGAUCUCGUGAUUGUCUCAGGAGGCGGGUGGACCCAAGGACUUGUACCAGAGACAGCAGGGCUACUCGAAACGACUGCUGGGUCAGUGGCGACAAUCCAUAUACCAGAAGAUCGGUCUGAUCUUCGAGAACGCUUUUCUCCUUCUAAUUUUCCCGUCAUCUCAUGGAGCAAGGCCAAAGGUAUCUAUGCUUUACCACUGACAGAAAAUGGUGACCUGAAGAUCGGUUAUCGACGAACAAAGUACACAAAUUUCGAGGAGGUCGACGGUCGACGGAUAUCUGUCCCAAAAACUGCUCACGUCACAGAGCAAAAGGAAACGAAUAUCACGUUACAAGCACUGCGAGCUGUGCAGGAAUUCGUUUCCGUGAACAUGCCUGAACUCGUUGAGUUUGGCAUUUCGUCCACCAAGCUAUGCUGGUAUACCGACAGUAUCGACAAUUCGUUUGUGGUUGACUUCGUGCCAGGCCGACCUGGUGUGGUCGUCUGCUCUGGCGGUAGCGGGCAUGGUUUCAAGUUUCUUCCGAUCCUUGGAAGAGAAGUCGUCACGAUCAUUGAGAGUUGCAACAAACAGACCGUUUAUGGUGAGAUGUGGAAAUGGCGGAAGAGUGACAAGUCGACCAGAAACGGGUUGGAGGAAGGAGAAGCAGGGUCGAGACUACUGGCAAAGCAGACAAUGGCGAAGGUUGCUGAUUGGGCUCCAGGCAAACCUGAGGCUGUCAUUUGAACAUUGCGCAGCACUGAUAAAGCCGACUGAAACUUUGAAUA